UUUCCCCAUAACUUCCAGUGCUCUCUACUAUCUCGAUUCUAACUAUCAAAGAAUAUAAAUCAAGCCUUCCAAUCUUCAACUUUACCAAAGAAGCACAGAGGAAUAAAGACACAUCUGCUUGCAGAUUAAUUUGUGAACAGUCAGUCAAGCACUGGUUUCAGCUUAUAGUCACAGAUACAUAACAAUGCCUGAUACUCAGUAAACUCUCCCUAUUCUUAAAAAAAAAGACAAGAAAACUGUGGUGAGUAGUGCUAACAGGCUGUAAACCACUAAAACAUUCCCAUAUCUUUUGGAUCCAUCUUUCUUUUUUUCUGUUCUCUAUCUAUCUAUCUGUCCCUCUUCAUGUAUCUCUGCCUGUAUCUCUCUGCAUGAAUAGAAAGCCUGCUGCCUUCAGAGAGCAUUUCUUCCUAAUGAGAUUAACCAUCAAGGAACGGUCAUGUCUAGACACCCUGAAUACACAACCCCUUCCCUCCCACCACACACACAUCCACAGGCUCAUUCUCAGCCAAUGAGAUCAUGACAUUGACUCAUCACUGUGUCACUUCAAAGGCUGGGAAUGGGUGUCCAAGCCCCGCCCACAUUCAGAACCCACUUAAAGGUGUGGGACACCCCCUCUGCAUCUGUGGCAGAAGCAACAGACAGACACAUUCUUGGAUUUAACUUUGGAAUUAACUCAAGCCCUUUGAGUUCUUAUGGAGAACUUGUAUUUUUAAACGAAACAUCUAGAUAUUGCUCAUUCAGAUCUUUUGGUCCGUCUCAUUUUCUUCUGGAGGACAUCUUGUGAGAAGCCUAAAUAAUGCAGGCCAUCAGAGACCUAAAGCACAAUUUCAGUCUCCCUCCUCCGCCUUCCAUGGCUGGAGCCGGGGAUUCCUAUCACCAGGGCAACAUCCGAAUGACUCUGGAGGAUCCGGAGCUGUGGAGAUCCUUCCAUGGGAUCGGCACUGAGAUGAUCAUCACCAAACCUGGCAGGAGGAUGUUUCCACACUGCAAAAUCAGCUUGUCUGGAUUGGUACCAUAUGCGAAGUACAUCUUACUGGUGGACAUGGUGCCAGAAGAUGGUCUGAGAUAUAAGUGGAACAAGGACAAGUGGGAGGUCGCUGGUAAGUCUGAGCCUCAGCCACCCUACAGGACGUACCUACACCCUGAUUCACCAGCGCCCGGCAGCCACUGGAUGAAACAGCCCGUGUCCUUCCUCAAGCUCAAGCUUACCAACAAUGCCCUGGACCAACAUGGGCAUAUUAUCCUUCACUCCAUGCACCGUUACCAUCCACGUUUCCAUAUCGUCCAGGCUGAUGAUCUGUACAGCGUACGGUGGAGCGUAUUCCAAACUUUUACCUUCCCCGAGACAUCCUUCACUGCUGUCACUGCAUACCAGAACACAAAGAUUACAAAGUUGAAAAUCGACCACAACCCCUUUGCCAAAGGAUUCAGAGAUGAGAGCACAAACUCUAAAAGACGAGCAAAUCGAAGUAUGGCUGAUCCUGAAAGAGUUGCAAAGAAGAUUAACUUGUCAAAAGAUUCAGAACAUGGAAGCUCACGAGAUAUCCAGCAAUCCUCAUGUGAGGGUCUUGAUGAUGAACACAUGGGCCGUAAGGACUCGGAGGUGAAGCCCGAGCGGUACUCCCCAUGGGGAGGUGCGUGUGACCGGGACAACGGCCACGCUCUCCGUGCAGAGUCCCCUCUGGGCUCGGACACUCGGGACAUUUACAGCUCUGAGCAGCUCGUACCGGGACAAAACACAUACCAGCCUUACAGAUUUCAUGAAUAUGGCAAGUCCCCCUCGCCGUCCUCCUCCAGUGUUGGCAGCAGCAGUGCAUGUGGAAGCCGCUCCAGCUUUGAGUCCCGAGUGCCGGAUGCUGCCACCGUGCCUGAUCAAGACACCUCCAGCAAGCCCUCUGCCCCUGAGCUCGGCCUGCCUCCCUGCCCGCCACAUCCCUCCGCGGGGCACCAGGACUACGCAGGAGUGCUGAACAUGGCCAUAGCCCAGGCCAAGCCAGGUAUUCUGGGCCACCAUCCGCUCUACACGCCCUACAGUACAGAACAGUCUCUGGGACAGUGGAGCGGGGUAGCGUCCACUCAAUACCCCCCUCCUCCACCUCCCCAUCACCACCUUCCCACCGAAUACAGCACCCAGGCCGUCCAUCACGGCUAUCACCACGGAAAUGUAGGGGACUGGAGCCAAUACCCACUGUUUUCUUACUCGUGCUGGUGAACGAGAGACGGGACGCUUUCUAAAGUCUUGCACGAUGAGAUCUGGAUCUUCAGAUGAUGGGAUACCUGCGAGCGCCAGAUAAACACUGAGCGAAAGUGUAAUGAGGAAGUGGCACUAACUAGAAUGUUGUUCGGGGAGUCAACUUGGAUGCAAAUAGAAAAUAAAGAACCUGCUUCAGUUUAACUGAAAAGAGUAUGUCUGCUGAUCUGAGGGUCUUUGUUUUCUGUGAGAAAAGACAGUGUGCUUGUCAAUUGUACUGCAUUAAACGCAUUUGGAAAUGGACUUUUGAUACCUUUUGACUUGAAAAUUCAUGCCUGCGUACCGAAGACAAAGAACGAACUGGUUUUCUGGGAUUUGUUGUUAAAAUGUCUAUUUAUUCUGUGUUUGCGUUU